UAGCCUACGGUCAAGAUAAUACAGACGAGAUUCCACAUAAUUCUAAUACUGCAAUCGAUGCAUUUUCAUAUAAUGAUUUGGAAAAUAACACUAGUCAAGACAAUCAAGAUACUACAAAUAUCGAUGCAGAUCAAGGUAAUAAAAUCCCCGCAAAUAACGUAUCACCAUCAUUAAAAAGUAUUCUUCGUUCUUCUGUUCAAAAAAAUAAUGAUAUCAAAAAAGCUGAAUACAAUGCACAAAAUUCUGGUGCUUUAAAUGAUAUCGAUAAAAAAAGAAAAAGAGGACGGGCGGCUAAAGAACCUUCUUCACAUAAGGCUGUUGAUCAGAGCACAAAACAUUUAAAAAUAAUUUCUUCAAGACUUUUACUUGUCAGAAAAUUUAUGUACUGUCGUACAUACGUACAUACAUACGUUGUAGCGGUGCGUGACGACAAUAGUUCCGUAGUAGUGGUGACACUUGGAUUAACUCUACUCUAUAAUCUCCUAAACAUAAUGAAUAAGAUACUUCUAUCGAGGCGUGCAUUGACUUUGGUCCGAGGAAUUAGGAAAAAAGGCAGCGAACUUUUAUAUUCUGAACCUAUUAAAAGAGUACUGCAAGACAAAUACACUUAUUUCUUUGAAAUUUCAAACUCAAAACUGGCUUUAUUUUAG